AUGGCUCCCAAGAACUGGACCAAGGAGACGUUUACGCUCAACACGGGCGCGAAGAUUCCUGCGAUUGGUCUGGGAACGUGGCAAUCCAAGCCCAAUGAGGUCCGCGAGGCUGUGAAGGCUGCUCUCCAGGCGGGUUACAGGCACAUUGACACUGCGCUUGCCUAUGGCAACGAGCACGAGGUCGGUCAAGGCAUUAAGGACUCUGGCGUACCCCGCGAGGAGAUAUGGAUCACCACCAAGCUCGACAACCCAUGGCACAAGCGCGUCGAAGAGGGAAUCAACUCCUCUUUGAAGAGCCUGGGCGUCGACUAUGUUGACCUCUACCUCAUGCACUGGCCCUCAUCCACCGACCCCGAGGAUCUGAAGAAGCACUACCCCGACUGGGACUUCACCGAUACCUGGCGCGAGCUUCAGAAGCUGCCCGAGUCGGGCCGCGUCAAGAACAUUGGUGUCUCCAACUUCGCCAUCAAGAACCUCGAGAAGCUCUUCGCCUCCAAGGACUUCAAGACGACGCCCGCCGUCAACCAGAUCGAGCUACACCCCAACAACCCCUCGCCCAAGCUGCUCGACUACCUCAAGGAGAAGGGCAUCCACGCCACCGCCUACUCGUGCCUCGGCUCAACCGACUCACCGCUAUACAAGAACGAGGAGCUCAAGAAGAUUGCCGAGAAGAAAGGCAAAACCGUGCAGCAGGUCCUGUUGAUGUGGGGUCUGCAGCGCGGAACUUCCGUCAUUCCCAAGAGUGUGACCGCGUCAAGGAUCCAGGCUAACUUCGAAGUCGACGGCUGGGAGUUGACCGAAGAGGAGCAGAAAGCCAUCAGCGGGCUUACCGAGAGGUUCAAGGUCUGUGGCGAUUCUUGGUUGCCCGUGAAAGUCUUCUUCGGCGACGAUGAGUAA